UUCCGUCCACUUCCUUCCCUUCCAGAAGGAGCGUGGUGAAGAUGGCGGCGGAAAAGUCGAAGCCGAGCGAUCUUUACAAAUGCGUAUAUUCGUUUCUGGUGGAGAACAAGUUCACCAAGGCGGCGCAGCAGUUUCUGAAACAGACUAAAGUGACCCCACAAGAUGAAAAUGAAGAGAGCCUCGUCAACAUCUACAACUUCUGGGUGAAGUCUCCUGAAGCCAGGAAACGAAAAGCACCUCCUAACGAGGGUGAAACUUCAAAUGGUCCAUCAGCCAAGAAAGCAAAACCCAGUGCAGAGAGCUCCAGUGAAGACUCAAGCAGCGAGGAUGAAGAAGCUGUUGCAAAACCUGCAAAGGCAGCCCCUGCAGCAGCCAAGGUUGCGCCUGCUAAAGCAGCAGCAGCUGCUAAAGCCGCAUCCUGCAGCAGUGAAGACUCCAGUGACUCUGAGGAGGAGAAGGCACAUGCAAAAGCUCCUGCAAAGGCUGCCGUGAAGCCGCCUGCUGCUCCUGCUGCAGGAAGGAAGAAAGACAGCAGCUCCAGCAGUGAGGAAUCUGACUCUGAGGAUGAGCAGCCCGCCAAAGCCUCUGCACCAAAACCCAAGGCUGGUGCAGUCACAACACCCAAACCAGCUGCCGCUGCUAAAGGCACAACUCAGAAAAAGCAGGAGAGCAGCAGUGAAGAUAGUUCCUCAGAUUCUGAAGAUGAAGAACCUGCAAAGGCUCCAGCCAAACCUGCUCCAGCAAAACCUGCCCCAGCAAAGAAGGCUGCAGCUGCUGCUGAAUCAAGCAGUGAAGACUCUUCAUCUGAAGAUGAGGCUCCUCCCAGCAAAAAACCCAAAGCAGGAGCAUACAGUGCAGUCCCACCUCCUGCCUCAGUCCAGAAAGCUCCAGCUGCACCCGCAGCUACAAAGAAGCAGGAGUCCAGUUCUGAGAGCUCAGAUUCAAGCUCAGAUGAAGAGGAGGCAAAGAAGUCUGCAGCCAAAGCCACCCCAGCUAAAGCUGCCCCAGCCAAGGCUGCACCUGCUAAAGAGGAAGACUCAGACUCAUCAAGUUCAGAGGACGAAGAGGAGGCAAAGAAACCUGCCGCCAAGGUGACUCCCGCUAAGGCUGCUCCAGCUAAAGCUGUUGCAGCCAAAGCCACGCCUGCUAAAGAAGACUCAUCAGAGGAGGAUUCCAGUUCAGAGGAGGAGGAGACAGCAAAGAAGCCCACAGCUAAACCUGCACCCGCCAAGGCUGCACCUGCCAAGGCUACUCCUGCUAAAAAAGACGAGUCCUCAAGCUCAGAGAGCAGCUCUGAAGAUGAGGCUCCAGCAAAGCCUGCCGCUAAAACUGCACCUCCACCGAAGCCUGCUGCUGCUUCUAAACCCCCAGCCAAGGCAGCAGAGAGCAGCUCUGAGGAAGACUCAUCUGAAGACGAGGAAGAACCGGCGAAAGCCAAGCCGGCAGCCAAGCCAGCCUCUAAACCAGCUACCCCUGCUUCAAAGCCUGCUACCCCUGUAGCAAAGCCUUCUGCAGCAGCGGAGAGCAGCUCAGACUCUGACUCCUCUGAGGAUGAGGAAGAACCAGCUAAGGCUAAGCCAACAGCAGCUAAGCCAGCUGCAAAGGCUGCUACACCUGUUGCAAAGCCUGCUAAAGCAGCAGAGAGCAGCUCAGACUCCGACUCUUCUUCUGAAGAUGAAGAACCAGCAGUCAAAACUAAACCUGCAGCGGCUAAACCAGCUACGCCAGCCUCAAAGCCUGCAACUCCUGCAGCAAAGCCUGCUGCAGAGGAGAGCAGCUCAGACUCUGACUCUUCUGAGGAUGAGGAAGAGCCAGCCAAGGCUAAGCCAACAGCAGCUAAACCAGCUACACCAGCUGCAAAGCCAGCUGCCCCUGUUGCAAAGCCUGCUGCUAAAGCAGCAGAGAGCAGCUCAGACUCUGACUCCUCUUCUGAAGAUGAAGAACCAGCAGUCAAGGCUAAACCUGCAGCCAAAAAGCCUGCUACUCCUGCAGCAAAGCCUGCUAAAGCAGCAGAGAGCAGCUCAGACUCUGACUCAUCUUCUGAAGAUGAAGAACCAGCAGUCAAGUCUAAACCUGCAGCAGCUAAGUCAACUACACCAGGCUCAAAGCCUGCUACUCCUGCAGCAAAACCUGCUGCUGCUGCUGCAGCAGAGAGCAGCUCAGACUCUGACUCCUCAUCUGAGGAUGAGGAAGAACCAGUGAAAGCCAAGGCAGCAGCAGCGGCUAAACCAGCUGUCCCAGUUACAAAGCCUGCUGCAAAGGCUGGGGCAGCAGCAGCAGCAGAUAGCAGCUCUGACUCAGACAGCUCAGACUCUGAGAGUGAGGCAGCAAAACCUGCAGUCAAGAAACAAGCAGCAGCAGCAGCCCCUGCUGGCACACCCACAGCCACAAAGGCAGCUGCAGCUCCAAAAAAGAAGGCUGAGGAGAGCAGCUCUGAGUCUUCAGACAGCUCGGAUUCAGAGGCAGAAGCAAAGUCUACCCCUGCAAAGCCUGCAGUCACCAAUGGCAAGGCUGCAACACCCAAGGCUGCAGCACCCAAGGCUGCAGCAAAACCAGCAGAGUCCUCAUCCAGUGACAGCAGCUCUGAAGAGGAAGAGGAGGCCAGUAAAAGUAAACCUGCUACACCUGCCCCAACACCCAAGACGACCCCAGCAGCUAAACCCAAAGAUGCCAGCAGCAGCUCUGAAGAGAGCUCAUCAGAUGAGGAGGAAGCACCACGCAAAGCAGCCACAGCACCCACCACCCCUGUAACAAAUGGUACAAAUGGAAAGAGAAAAAGAGAUGAAGAGUCAUCAUCAGAGAGUGAAGAGGAAGAAGAAGAGACAGAAGUCAAUACACCAAAAAACAAGAACGCAACAACCACACCACAGACGUUUCCUAAAGCCAAUAAGAAGACCUCCAAUGUACCGUUCCGUAGAAUAAGAGAGGAAGAAGUAGAGGUGGAUCCCCGUCUUGCAGACAAUUCUUUUGAGGCAAAGUAUGGAGCUGAUGGGGACUGGGGCCAGAAAGCCAACAACGUGCUCAAGUUCACAAAAGGCAAAUCAUUCCGCCACGAAAAGACGAAGAAGAAGAGAGGAAGCUACCGCGGCGGCGCCAUCUCCACUACAGUCAACUCUAUUAAGUUUGACAGUGACUGAGGACGCUCCCUCUCUGGACCCUCCCACCUGAACUUUACUGUACCUGUGUGAUCAGGACUAUCAGUUGUCUGCUUCCCCCUUCUGUAAACAGUCCCUCUAUCAUCACUACCCAACAGCAGCACGCUGACACAGGAGUGUGACCGUAGAGCUGAGCUGGCACUUCCAUGCAGUUAGCUGCCCUUAGUUUGUAAUGGAGACCAUUCUUUUGAUCUGUGAUCUGAAGCAACAGUUAGUGGAGCUGUGGCAGCAGGAGAGAUGUUCCCAUACUUCUAAAGGUUGACAUCCAUUACCACUUAUAGCCACUAGGUGGCUGCAGGCCACCUGUUAAUGGGGAAAAGCCAAUGUGUGUGUUGGGCCCUUUUUUUGUUGCUGGUUUUGACUUUAACCUGUACUCUGUUCUCAGAUGACAAAGGUCUUGUCAUUUCUUUGUGAUACUGUUUUCUCAUCUAUCUGUGUAUGUAUGACAGCCAUCCAUCCCAACAGGUUCUUUAUUAUGUAUCAAGAAAAGGCUGGAGUGAUUUAUUUUUUUAUUUUUUUUUAUUUUUUUUUUUUUUAAAUGGAUUCUUGGAUCUUCUUUGGUUGUUUGUCGAUUUUUAUUUGGCCACAUUUAAAAGUGGAGAGGGUGCGUGCUUGGGUUUUUUCUCUUUAUAUUACACAAACAUUUUGAGAGUAGAACUGAGUUUUAUACUGUGUAUUUAUUAAGUUUUAUUCCAUCUCACUGUUUAGGACCUCAGAUGUUUUUCCAUUCUAUUCUCAAGCCAUUUUGCUUUGAAACUAUUGUUCUAAUGUGAGGAUACCCCUGACAACCCUCCAUAAUCUGUUUGUUAGUGGUAGUGAAUUUAUGAUUCACUAACAGAACUAAGAGCCAUUUUUGUUUGAUUGUUUGAAUUUACUGUGUAAACUUUUCUGUUGUUUUGUAUUAAUUCUUGUCGCUGUAAUUAAAGGCCUAAAAGAUUAAAUGUUGGUGUGAUGGGA